AUGAAUGAUCUAAUGACAAAAUCAUUCACCAACUAUGUUGAUCUAAAAAAAGCAGCUAUGAAAGAUGAAGUUGAUUUAGAAGCUGGUCUUCAAAAACAAAGUGUUAAUGAUGUUGAGUUAACAAGAUCUUCAAUAACUCAUUUGGAAACUGAUAUGAAUCUGUUCUUGGAAGAGGCUGAGAAAGUAAGAACAGAAAUGGGUGAAAUUCGCGAUGUUCUAACAAAUCUUCAACAAGCUAACGAAGAGAGCAAGUCCCUUCACAAAACUGAUGCUCUGAAAUCAUUGAGAGAGAGAAUCAAUACUGAUAUUGUAACUGUUUUGAAGAAAGCAAGGUGUAUUAGAACUCAAUUGGAAGAAAUGGAUCGUGCUAAUGAUGCUAAUAGAAGACUCUCUGGACUGAAAGACGGUUCACCGGCAAUUUAUAGAACAAGAAUUGCUGUCACCAAUGGAUUGCGUAAGAAGCUCAAGGAGCUUAUGAUGGAGUUUCAGGGACUGAGGCAGAGAAUGAUGAGUGAAUACAAAGAGACAGUAGGGAGAAGGUACUAUACAGUGACAGGGGAACAUGCAGAUGAAGAGGUGAUUGAUAAGAUUAUAUCAAAUGGAGAUGAUGAAAGUUUUUUAGGAAAGGCAAUACAAGAACAUGGAAGAGGAAAGGUUCUUGAAACAGUGGUUGAGAUACAAGACAGAUAUGAUGCUGCAAAAGAGAUUGAGAAGAGUUUGUUGGAACUUCAUCAAGUGUUUUUGGAUAUGGCUGUUAUGGUUGAAGCACAAGGUGAGAAAAUGGAUGAUAUUGAACAUCAUGUUCUUCAUUCUUCUCACUAUGUGAAAGAUGGUACAAAGAAUCUUCACAGUGCUAAACAGUAUCAGAAGAGUGGGAGGAAGUGGAUGUGCAUUGGGAUUAUACUUUUGUUGAUUCUUAUUCUGGUCAUUGUUAUUCCCAUCGUCACCAGUUUGAGUAGUUCUUGA